AUGGACGACUCAUUUGUGGGUUUCAGUGGCGGCAAGAUAUUUGAGGAGAUGAUGUUACGACAAGGAGUCAAACACAUCUUUGGCUACCCUGGCACACCUCUUGUUGUUUUCUGCGGUCAGGUUCCUACAACUGCUAUCGGCUCGGACGCUUUUCAAGAGGCUGAUGUCGUCGGCAUCAGCAGAGCUUGCACGAAGUGGAAUACAAUGGUCAAAGAUGUCGCCGAACUACCAAUGAAGAUUAAAGAAGCUUUUGAGAUCGCAGUAUCAGGCCGACCAGGACCUGUGCUUGUAGAUCUUCCGAAAGAUGUUACGGCAAGCAUUUUGAGGCGGCCAAUACCUACCGAAAGCACCUUACCGUCACAUCCAAGCGCAGCCAGCCUUGCUGCUAGAGAUCUAACCAAGAAGCAACUCGAUGGUUCCAUCAAGAGGGUCGCAAGGCUUGUGAAUAUGGCUAAGAAACCAGUCAUUUACGCUGGCCAAGGUGUUUUAGCUCUGCCAGAGGGGCCAAAAUUGCUCAAAGAAUUUGCAGACAAAGCUAACAUCCCAGUCACGACAACCGUGCAAGGCUUGGGAGGUUUCGAUGAGCUUGAUGAGAAAUCUCUGUAUAUGCUUGGAAUGCACGGUUCGUGUUCCGCGAACAUGGCCAUUCAGGAGGCAGAUCUGGUGAUUGCACUGGGCGCUCGUUUUGAUGAUCGUGUGACUGGUCUCAUAUCCAAAUUUGCGCCUCAGGCCAAGCUGGCGGCUUCUGAAAAGCGUGGUGGUAUUGUGCACUUCGAAAUCCUACCCAAAAAUAUCAAUAAAGUUGUUCAAGCGAACGAAGCCGUCGAGGGCGACGUAGCUGCCAACCUCGCCCUUCUCCUCCCACAAAUUCAGACCGUCUCCAGCAGACCUGAAUGGUUUGCGCAGCUUGCCGACUGGAAAAAGCGCUUGCCCUUCAAUUACGAGAAACAAUCUCCCAACGGUCUUAUAAAACCGCAAGCUGUAAUCGAAAAGCUCUCAGACUUGACAGCUGACCGCAAAGAUCGCACUAUCAUUACUACCGGUGUUGGCCAACAUCAAAUGUGGACUGCGCAGCACUUCCGAUGGAGGUAUCCACGAACAAUGAUCACUUCUGGUGGCUUAGGGACGAUGGGAUUUGGGCUUCCAGCGAGUCUGGGCGCCAAAGUUGCCAGGCCUGAAGCGCUUGUCGUAGACAUUGACGGAGACGCCUCAUUCAACAUGACCUUGACCGAGCUCUCCACAGCUCAUCAAUUCAAUAUCGGCGUCAAAAUCAUCAUACUAAAUAAUGAGGAGCAGGGUAUGGUGACGCAAUGGCAAACCCUCUUCUACGAAGAUCGCUUCGCACACACCCACCAAAAAAAUCCAGACUUCGUAAAAUUAGCAGAGGCAAUGGGUGUCCAGGCCCAGCGCGUCGUCGCCCCCGCAGACGUAGAAGAUAAGCUGAAAUGGUUGAUUGAAAGCGACGGCCCAGCGCUUCUGGAGGUCAUUACUGAUAAGAAGGUCCCUGUCCUCCCAAUGGUUGAGGGUGGUAAGGCGCUGCAUGAGUUCCGGGUUUACGAUGAAGAAAAGGAGAAGGCCCGAAGAAACGAUCUGAGAGCCAAGAUCAAGAAGGAUAAGGCGAACGAGGGACAGCACUGGACUUUUGACUGA